AUGCCGUAUUAUAUUCAGAGGCUUUUCAAUACGUGCAAGGCCUCUCUCUCUGCUAAUGGACCUGUGUCUAAGGAAGCCUUAGACAAGGUUCGCAACAUGUUGGAGAAAAUCAAGCCGUCUGAUGUUGGUCUCGAACAGGAAGCUCAAUUGGUGCGUAACUGGUCUGGUCCUGGGAACGAUCGUAAUGGAAACCAUAAUUCUCUGCCAGCAAUAAAAUACCUUCAUCUACAUGAGUGUGACAGCUUCUCGAUUGGGAUUUUCUGCAUGCCACCUUCAUCUGUCAUACCACUUCAUAAUCAUCCAGGCAUGACUGUGGUAAGCAAGCUCGUUUACGGUUCAAUGCACGUGAAGUCUUAUGAUUGGGUUGAGCCUGAUCCAUCAGAGCUAGACGAUCCAUUGCAAGCAAGACCUGCAAAGCUGGUUAAGGAUACUGACAUGACGGCUCCUUGCCCAGCAACCACGCUGUAUCCAACAACUGGUGGAAACAUCCAUUGUUUCAAAGCCAUUACUCAUUGUGCAAUCUUCGAUAUCUUAUCUCCUCCAUACUCUUCACCUCAUGGAAGACACUGCAACUACUUCCGCAAAUCCCCAUUACGUGACUUGCCAGGUGAGAUUGAAGUGAUGAAUGGAGAAGUGAUAUCAGACGUGACAUGGCUUGAAGAGUAUCAGCCUCCAGAUAACUUUGUGAUAUGGAAAGUUCCGUACAGAGGUCCUGUGAUUAGAAAAUGAGAUCAUGACAAGGUUUUAAGCCAUAUUAAGAAAAAGAGCAGAAAGAAGGAGCUUUUAUCAUCAGGAGAAUAAAAUUGGUAAACCGUUCAGAGGCUUGCUUUGCUUUGCUUUGUGGUCAGGAAUUUCUCAGUGACCACAUUGGGUUUCAAUUAUAUGAUAAUGUUUUACUACUGCAUACAUCUUUACUAUCUCUUCACUAGUACAAUAUGAUAAUAUUUUUUUGUUAGAACAAUUGCUCACAGACAAUGUAUUUAGUUUCAUAAAAUUGGUAAACUAUUCAGAAGGCUUGCUGCUUUGUGGUCAAGAGGUUCUUUAUAUUGAGUUUCAG